AUGUCGUUCAGCUUCGGAAACCCAAGCUCUUCGAGCGCGCAAAACAACAACACAACAUCGUCUGCGCCAGCUUCAGGGAGCCUCUUUGGAGCUGCUACAGGAGCUCCCGGUUUCUCCUUUGGUAACGCCGGUGGUUCUGCGGCCGGUAACGCAUCAACACCCGCCAGCAGCGCAACCAACAUGUUUGGUCAACAAGGCGGUGCCUCGGCGCAGAAGCCCGCUGGUGGUCUAUUCGGGGGCGGCGCGAACACAACCAACACUUCCACCACUCCUUCAUCUGGUGGACUCUUCGGCGGCGGUGGCUCAACAACUCCUGCGACAGGAGGUCUAUUUGGAGGAGGCGCUUCCUCUACCACGCCUGCAACGACCUCAGCUCCCUCAAGCGGUGGAAUGUUUGGCGGUGGUGCCAACACCUCUUCUGCGCCUGCAUCUGGAGGACUAUUUGGAAAUAACGCAAGCAAGCCUGCGUCCAACCUUUUCGGUGGCGGCAGCUCUUCAACUCCAGCUAGCAGCGGUGGCGGUAUGUUUGGCCAGAACAACCAGGCUGCGGCAGCCACUACUUCAGCUGCUCCAUCACCUGGUCUUUUCGGAAAUGCUGCGUCUGGCGCUGCGACUCCUGCCAAGCCGACUUUCGCUCUACCAUCUACGACUCCGGCUGGAGCACCACCUACUGAUUCUUCAAAGCCUGCCGGUGGACUGUUCGGCAACGCAGGUGCGCAAGCAUCUACUGGAACUCCUGGUCUCUUCGGUGGAGCGAAGCCUGCGACCACGUCGGCUUUGACUACUCAACCCAGCACAACGGCUGCAGCACCAUCUGGCGGCCUCUUCGGAGGUGCACAAUCCGGAAACAACACUCCUGCCGGAGGUCUUUUCGGCGCCAAGCCAGCAACGACCUCUGCCCCUUCGGCCGGUGGACUAUUCGGUGCAAAGGCCGAAGCACCGGCACCUGCUGCUGCCUCACAAGCUGGAAGCUUAACUCCUUCUACCACUGCGACUUCCAUGUUCGGGGCCAAGCCCGCAGCUCCAGCAGCUUCGGCAGCUGGCUCAUCGGCCGCAGGUGGCCUGUUCGGCGGCGGCGGCGCAACUACCUCUGCGGCCUCGGGAGCCUCCACUACAGCGACAGCCGGAGGUUUGUUUGGAGCUAAACCUGCGACAACCACAGCUUCUUCAGCAUCUCCAGCUACGACCGCAAGUGCUGGUGGUCUUUUCGGCGGUGCCCCAAAGCCCUCCACUGAAUCAUCUACUCCCAGGCCGGCCGGUGGUUUGUUUGGAGCCCCUGCCGCAGGUUCAGCAGCCACCUCAUCUGCGGCUGCCGGUGCAUCAACAACUACUUCGGCUCCUGCAUCGGGCUCUACUCCUGCUCCUGCCAGCAGCCUCUUUGGCGCGAAACCAGCUGCUGACACCAGCAAGGAUGCUGCUAAGCCCGCAUCUGCCAGUGUCACUCCUGGGCCUCUAGGUGCUUCUACAACUGGCCCAACAUCUCAGAUGGCGCGCCUCAAGAACAAAACUAUGGAAGAUAUUGUGACACGGUGGGCAUCAGACCUAUCGAAAUACCAGAAAGAAUUCAAGGAGCAAGCCACCACUGUGUCAACCUGGGACAGAUGCCUUGUGGAUAACGGCGAGAAGAUCCAAAAGCUGUACCUUGAUACCUUCGAGGCUGAACGAGCUAGCCAUGAGAUUGAGCGACAGCUCGCAGCUGUGGAGAGCCAGCAAGAUGAGCUUGAGGCAUGGUUGGAUCGCUACGAGUCUGAGGUCCAGGAUAUGUUUGCUAAGCAGCUCGGUCCUGGCGAGCAGUUGGCUGGACCCGACCAGGAACGCGAGCGUACGUAUAAGCUUGCGGAGAAGCUUACCCAACAAUUGGAUGAGAAGUCGCGCGAUCUUUCCAAGAUGGUUAAGGAGAUCAACGAUAUUUCCGGCACAUUGAACAAGGGUGCUAAGCCCGAAGAUCCUCUGAGCCAGAUCGUACGGGUUCUGAAUGGCCAUCUCACACAAUUGCAAUGGAUUGACGCUAAUGCCUCGUCACUGCAAGCCAAGGUCACAGCUGCUCAGAAGUCGAGCAGCAACCUGGGAAGCCACUAUGCGGGCUCGGAUAACGGCGCGGCGGAGAGCUUCUAUCGCUCAUACAUGGGUCGACGAUGA